GGCAGUCGAGGAGGCGGCGGCGACAGUGACAAAUUCUCGUUCGAAAAAGGGCGAUCUCGACCGCGAGUGUAUAUCCAAGGCUACUAGAUCGGGAUCCGGGUCAGGGCUGGGCCCAGGAUCAGGAUCAGGCCCAAACAAGUCGCUGCGGCUGGAACGAAGUGUCUCCCCUCACCAAGCAGUAGAAGAAGAGCAACAACAAUCAUCGCAGACGUCGUCUAGGAGUAGCAAGCAAAGCAACGACGAUAAAGAGUUUUCCCUCUUGCUUAAGAAAAAGGUGUCCACUUUGGUGACUCCCACUGCAACAACGCGGAGCAUGGAUUCGGACGAUGAGUUUAUGACCGAUGUUUCCAGUCGAGAAGAGGAUUUCCUGGAUACGCAGGAUAGCGAAGAUGAGAGUUUAGGUGAAGACUUCGGUGACGAUUUUGACGCCGGCUUUUCUUACGACAAAGAUCUUGUACAAAAGACUAAGAAACCUUACGAAGUCGACUUCAAAGUUCUCAGUCCUGGCGACAUUGAUCGUGAACAAAACUCUCAGAUCGCGGAAGUCUCGUCGAUUCUUGGGCUACCUCCCGAGUCUGCAGGAAUUUUGCUCCGGUUCGCGCGAUGGAAUAGGGAAAAGUUGAUAGAGUCUUAUAUGGACCGGUCAGAGGAGAUUCUAGAAGAGGCGGGACUGGGGCAUAGCUUCGAGGCAAAUCCCAGGACAGAGGUUGUCCCUGGCUUCAUGUGCUCGAUCUGCUGCGAGGAUGGUGACGAUUUGGAGACGUACGCUAUGCGAUGUGGCCAUCGGUUUUGUGUGGAUUGCUUUAGACACUACCUUUCGCAGAAAAUCAAGGAGGAAGGUGAGGCGGCGAGAAUUCAAUGUCCUCAGGAUAACUGUCAUCGGAUCGUUGAUUCCAAGUCGCUCAACUUACUCGUAACGGAUGAACUUAAGGAUAGAUAUAAAACGUUGCUUACUCGAACAUAUGUCGAUGAUAAAGACAAUCUGAAAUGGUGUCCCGCUCCGAACUGUGAAUUCGCCGUAGAAUGCGGAGUCAAGGCUAGAGAUCUUAACAAGAUUGUGCCCACGGUACACUGCGCAUGCAAGCACAGUUUCUGCUUUGGAUGCGGUUUGAACGAUCAUCAACCGCCUCCCUGCUCGUUGGUCAAGAUGUGGUUGAAGAAGUGCGAGGACGAUUCCGAGACGGCAAACUGGAUCUCGGCCAACACGAAGGAAUGUCCCAAAUGUUUGUCUACGAUUGAAAAGAACGGCGGAUGCAAUCACAUGACGUGCCGCAAGUGCAAACAUGAGUUUUGCUGGAUGUGCAUGGGACUUUGGUCUGAGCACGGAACCAGUUGGUAUAACUGCAAUCGAUACACGGAAAAGUCUGGCUCGGAUGCUCGGGAUGCUCAAGCGCGGUCUCGUGCAUCACUUGAACGAUAUCUACAUUACUACAACCGAUACGCCAACCACGAGCAGUCGGCCAAACUGGACAAGGACUUGUACCUCAAGACUGAGAAGAAGAUGACCAGUCUACAGUCUCAGUCGGGUAUGUCGUGGAUCGAAGUUCAGUUCCUAGACACGGCUUCUCAAGCAUUACAGCAGUGUCGUCAGACACUCAAAUGGACAUAUGCAUUUGCCUAUUACCUGGCGCGCAACAAUCUAACGGAGAUCUUUGAAGAUAACCAAAAGGAUCUGGAGAUGGCGGUGGAGAGUUUGAGUGAGAUGUUUGAGAAACCGAUUGCAGAACUGGCGGAACUCAAGGUGGAUAUUCUUGACAAAACGGCAUACUGCAAUAAGCGCCGAGUUAUCUUGUUGAGCGAUACAGCAGAGAAUUUGAAACAAAAUGAAUGGAAGUUCAACGUGGAAUUAUGA